AUGGUUGCACAGUUAGGGAAAAACUGGAUGCAUGAAAAUAUAGCAACACAAUUUAAUUCAACUCCAGGUGUAACAAAAAGUAGGCCUGAAAGACUUAAAACAUGUUAUGAGAAUUUGAAGAGGACGUUGCAGAAGGAUUUGGCUGAAGAGAAGGUUCAACUCUAUAAAACAGGAGGAGCGAAGGCAGUACCAGUACCUAAAAAGAGUCCACACAAGGCAAAAGUACCGGAAAUAGUUGGCUCAUCAUUGAAGCCACUGGAAAAUACUUUUGAUUCGGAUGCACAGUACAGUGUAAUAAUGAAUCUAAAUGUAGAUGUGGUUAAUGAUGCAUCAGUUGGCAAUGCCAGCUGUACCACAAACAGUAAUGGAACUGUAAUUGCUGCUGAAGCUGGCGAAAGUCUGAUCCCAGCACAGGUUGUUAUGGAGGAUGUUCAACAACCCUUCUCCAAACCUUCAAGUGCAGGGACACAAGAAACAUGUAAUCAGAGAAGGAUGCCACUGAGACCUAAACCUUCUUCCUCCUCUGCACUGGACAGUGUGAUACAGAAGAGGGUGGAAGUACUCCAGCAGCAGCUGGAAAUGAUGAAGAGAGAACAUAUGAAAGAAAUGAGAAUAAAAAAUCUCAAACUAUUGGCACUAAAAGAAAAAUUAAAAUAUUCGAAGCAGGAGAAUUCUACCGAAUGUAAUGUAAAUGUUUAA